AUGUGCAAACGACUAGCAUCCUUUAGUGGCCCAUCUUCCCCCUCCCCAAACCCGGUGAGACCUCAACCCAAUGCCACCCCUACUAGUCCGUCUUCAAGUUCUCGCGGGAAUCGGCAACAAUCCUCUUCCAAUCCUCCCCAAUCUCCUCGUCAUGGAACGCCGCAGAAGCCUCAGAAUCAAUCCGAUAACAAUGUCCCAAAUGAAACGACAUAUCAUCGCAAACUGCGAAGCAUUCUACUCGAAAUCAAAGCUACUACCAUAACUUGGGAUGAGAUUGUUCUGUACGAUGGGCUGAAUGCUGCGAAAGGUCUUGUUGAUGCUAGGACCGAGCUCUCCAAUGCUCUGGCCGUGUAUCCUCCAGAGACUUCCCCUAAGGUGGCCAUCGCCACCCCCAGGCUGCUCAUCAUGGAGGAGAAGCUAAGGGAACUAGGUGAAGUUAUCUUGAAACUUGAGAAAUGUUUUACUAAGCUAUCAAACCUCUGCGAGAAUGUUGAAGAGCUGGCGGUAGAAGCUUCGCGCCUAAAAGGCAUGAAUUCGAUCCACGAACCAUUGUGGUUUACAUGGUCUCUCAACAAAUUCGCUGUUUCGAUACCAUUACUCCUCAUCCCCCACCACCGCUCUCUUCACAAGCACAAGGAACUCUUGGAAACUCUCCGACCACACUCGACGCCAUUUGACAAGGCUCGUACGUGUAUUCAUCUGUGGGCCGCACAGGAAGAGCUCAAUGAUGGAGGAUGGAUGGACGAGUGGGAGGAUAUAUGCAGGGCUGAAGUGAGAUGGUGGCCAGAUGGAAUGUUGCCCGUGCGGUCGCGAAUCGAACCGUGA